GCCAAGUGACUUCAGCACCAAGUGAUGGACAACCUCCAGUCCCAGAACCUCUCCAUGGACAUGACCGACUCUCCUCCUGCCUUGUCCAAUAACAGACUGGAGAAUGGCAUGGCCCAGCUGAUCACCACUGAGGCCUGGAACAUCAACUCCACUGACCUGGUAAAGAAGGCCUUGGUGACCGUGCCAGCCCCAUCCAUUCUGAACCCCCCUGCUGAGUCCCAGAGUGGCAUGGCUCUGAAGGUGGCGGCCACCGUGCUGCAGCCCCUGUGCCUUGGGGAGAGCCCGGUGGUGAUGCCCAUUCACAUGCAGGUAGAGGGAAGCUCUGCACCUGAGCUCAACCCCAAUGCCAAUGCCACCUACGUCAUGACCACGCAGGGCCCUGUGCAGCUGCCUGUGGUACUUGAGCAGCACGUCUUUCAGCACCUCAACUCCCCUCUGGUCCUGCCUCAGGAGGCCCCAUGCUCCUCCAAUGCCAUCCACAACAACCUCUUCCAGGGAGCCGAGGACCCCGAGGCCCAGCCCCAGCUCCUAGACCUGAGAAUUCCCAGCCAGCCACAGGAGCCUGCUCUGCCCUUUGAAGCUGUGCUCCAGAAUUUGUUUCCCGCCCAGGGCUCUCUCGGUCCCCCACCCUGCCAGCCUCCCCCAGGCUACCCCUCUGUACCUCCUCAGGCCUUUAACUCCCCCUUGACCCCACUAGUCCCACCAGCCACUCUCUUGGUGCCCUACCCUGUGAUCGUCCCCUUGCCUGUGCCAGUCCCCAUUCCCAUCCCCAUUCCGGUGCCUCAGAGUUCUGAAUCCAAGUUCAGCCCUAGUUUCCCCAAGCCACCAUCUUCCUUCAGUCUUCACUCCUUUAAAGGCCCUCAGGCCCCCUUAGAAAAGGAAGAACUGAAGCCCUUUGACCUCCUCCAUCCCAGGGAGUAUUUCCAGCUCAGCCGCCACACAGUCAUCAAGAUGGGGGGUGAGAAUGAGGCCCUGGAUCUCUCCAUGAAGUCAGUGCCCUGGCUCAAGGCUGGCGAAAUCAGUCCCCCAAUCUGCCAGGAAGAUACGGUUCUAGACCUGUCACUGGCAACCCACCGGAAAUCGGAGCCUCCCCCUGAGACCGUGUAUGACAGUGGUGUGUCAGUGGGCAGCCCAGGCCACCCUGGGAUGGAGAAACUUCCCAGUGGUGCCGAAAUGCCCUACCCCUCUCCCACGCCCCACGAGGCCUCCACCAUGAUGGAGAACCGCAUUGGCAGCAGCGAAACCCCCGAGAUGCUGAGCCAACCCAGCCACCCCAGUGGUGAGGUCAAGGCCGAAAAUAACAUGGAGCUCGUGAGCGAGUCCCAGGCAGCCAAGGUCAUUGUCUCUGUCGAAGACACUGUGCCUACCAUCUUCUGUGGCAAGAUCAAAGGCCUCUCGGGAGUGUCCACCAAAAACUUCUCCUUCAAAAGAGAAGACUCCGUGCUUCAGGGCUACAACAUCAAUAGCCAAGGAGAAGAGGCCAUGGAAAAUACAGAGCCCCUUAGGAAAUCCAUAAAAAAUCGGAGCAUAAAGUUAAAGAAAGUGAACUCCCAGGAAAUCCACAUGCUCCCAAUCAAAAAACAACGGCUAGCCACCUUUUUUCCCAGAAAGUAAACAAGGGCUUUUUUUUUUAAAUUUUUAUGAUUAUAAUAUGGGGAAAGGUGCAUUGGUUUUAUAAAAAGGCAUUUAAAACAAAUUAUCUUUGUUAAUUAUUUCGGGGAGUAGUGGGGCAGAGGGAAGGCGAAUUGGCUUUAGAAGCCCUGUGAGCUAGUCUUGUUUUCUUUUUUAAUUUUUGAUUUUCACAAAUGAAUAACUAAGAGCGACCUAUUUUUCAAGCAGAUUGCACAUUUUUUGCAGCUUUAAUGGAAUAUUGGGUGAAUCAGAGGGGGUAAAAAAGCUAUUUUCAUUGCCACAAAGUGCUUUGAUGAUGUAAUACCUAAUAAAGGGUAGGAUGAAUAUUUCACAAUAAAUGUUUGUUUG